AUGGCAAAGAGCGACGACGAUGCCCCAGAGAAAUAUGAGAUAGCCAAAAUCCAAACACAGAGGUAUGAUGAUCCAAGCAAUCCUCUUUACCUCCACCUCUCGGAUAAACCAGGCCUAGUCUUGGUGACACAAUCGUUGAACCAAGGAAACUAUCCCAUUUGGAGUCAUGCGAUGCUCAUGGCUCUCAUCGUCAAAAAUAAAGACGGCUUCAUCGAUGGAAUUGUGACAAAACCACCGAUAGAGUCUACGGCAGAGAUGAAACAAUGGAUUCGGUGCAACCUUCUUGUCAAAGGAUGGAUCCUCAACACAAUAUCACCCGAUAUUGGACAAAGCAUCAUGUACAAUGAAGGUGCUUCCAGUCUUUGGAGUGAACUGAAGGAACGACUUGGUCUCACCAACAUCGUGUAUCUAUUCCAAAUUGAACAAGAAAUCCAUGAUUGCCUUCAAGGUAAUAUGAGCAUUGGUGAAUAUUACACAAAAUUGAAAAGCCUAUGGGACAAGCGAGACGUCCUCUGUCCCAUGCCACCUUGUAAUGGCGUAUCUCUUUAUUUGUUCACAUGUUCUCCGACAUUUUUUUCUCUACAAGCAUGA